AUGGCCACCAUCACCUGCACCCGAUUCACAGAAGAGUACCAGCUCUUUGAGGAACUAGGAAAGGGAGCUUUCUCUGUGGUGCGCAGGUGUGUGAAGGUGCUGGCUGGCCAGGAGUAUGCUGCCAAGAUCAUCAAUACCAAGAAGCUCUCAGCCCGAGAUCACCAGAAGCUGGAGCGUGAAGCCCGCAUCUGCCGCUUGUUGAAGCAUCCCAAUAUCGUCCGGCUCCAUGACAGCAUCUCCGAGGAGGGACAUCACUACCUUAUCUUCGAUUUGGUCACUGGUGGGGAGCUGUUUGAAGACAUCGUGGCCCGGGAGUAUUACAGUGAGGCCGAUGCCAGUCACUGCAUCCAGCAGAUCCUGGAGGCUGUGCUGCAUUGUCACCAGAUGGGAGUAGUGCACCGAGACUUGAAGCCUGAGAACCUGUUGCUGGCCUCGAAGCUCAAGGGUGCUGCAGUGAAGCUGGCAGACUUCGGCCUGGCCAUAGAGGUUGAGGGGGAGCAGCAGGCAUGGUUUGGGUUCGCAGGGACACCUGGAUACCUCUCCCCAGAAGUGCUGCGGAAGGACCCGUACGGGAAGCCCGUGGACCUGUGGGCCUGCGGGGUCAUCCUGUACAUCUUGCUGGUUGGGUACCCCCCAUUCUGGGACGAGGACCAGCACCGCCUGUACCAGCAGAUCAAGGCUGGCGCCUAUGAUUUCCCAUCGCCAGAAUGGGACACCGUCACCCCUGAAGCCAAGGAUCUCAUCAAUAAGAUGCUGACCAUCAACCCAUCCAAACGUAUCACAGCCGCUGAGGCUCUCAAGCACCCCUGGAUCUCGCACCGCUCUACUGUGGCCUCCUGCAUGCACAGACAGGAGACCGUGGACUGCCUGAAGAAGUUCAAUGCCAGAAGGAAACUGAAGGGAGCCAUCCUCACCACUAUGCUGGCCACCAGGAACUUCUCCGGAGGGAAGAGCGGAGGAAACAAGAAGAACGAUGGUGUGAAGAAAAGAAAGUCCAGUUCCAGCGUUCAGUUAAUGGAAUCUUCCGAGAGCACCAAUACCACCAUCGAGGAUGAAGACACCAAAGUGCGCAAGCAGGAAAUUAUCAAAGUGACAGAGCAGCUGAUUGAAGCCAUAAGCAAUGGAGAUUUUGAGUCCUACACGAAAAUGUGUGAUCCCGGAAUGACAGCCUUCGAACCUGAGGCCCUGGGGAACCUGGUCGAGGGCCUGGACUUUCAUCGAUUCUAUUUUGAAAACCUGUGGUCCCGGAACAGCAAACCCGUGCACACCACCAUCCUGAACCCCCACAUCCACCUGAUGGGCGACGAGUCAGCGUGCAUCGCCUACAUCCGCAUCACGCAGUACCUGGAUGCAGGUGGCAUCCCCCGCACAGCCCAGUCAGAGGAGACCCGUGUCUGGCACCGCCGGGAUGGCAAAUGGCAGAUUGUCCACUUCCACAGAUCAGGGGCACCCUCCGUCCUGCCCCAGUAA